ACUCUCCGCUCACUUCCUCUCCAAACCGCGCCUGGGACGGGGGCUGGCAGUCUACAGCCCCGAAAGAAAACACAAUGUAAAAGUAUAAAAAGAACACACAACGCAAACGGUAGAUUUUUCUAAGUAUUCGUUCCAUGACUUCCGUCAGUCAACGCAUCGUAACAACGCUUGCUGUUUGGAAGAGAGCGAAUGGCCAGUGAAGGCACAGAGUAAUCCCGUGAAAGCAGACAGAUACCAUGCAGAUGAGUGAUGGCCCCAGUCGCGUCCCCGUCUUUGUGGCCCCGCCCAACGGUAACCUCCGGUCGCCAGGAUGCGUCCCCGGCAGGGUCAUACCUGUCCGCUCCCCGCCUCCGGCCAAGGCCCCACCCCCUCCCCCUCUGAAGCCCAUUGGCCCGCCUCCUGAGUGCCGGGCAACCUUUAACCUAUCAGAGGAGGGCCAGCACCGGGAGCGUGCUCAGAUUCUGAGGAAAAACACCUUCAUCUGCUUUAGUGUCUCCCUGGGGGCCUUUUUCCUCUUGCUCAUCCUCAUCCUCAGCCUCACCAGUGGAGACGUGUUGGACGAGAACUGUCCAGACCACAGCCCCUCCCUGAGCAGCUGGAACCCAGGUCACAACCCAGAGAAGGCCAUGGUCGUCCGAGGGGGAGAUCUGUUUCGAUUGGACUCUUCUGCUACCUUCUACUCGCUAACCAUCCAAUCAGGAGGCCGAGUGGUCUUUGCAGACAAUACUGAGGGCUCCAAAAACAUCACUCUCAGAACACGUAAUGUGCUGAUUGAAGACGGGGGUUCGCUGCACAUCGGUGCCCCCAAAUGCCGCUACCGCUCCCGGGCCACCAUCACCCUCCUCGGCCGUUCAGACGAGAAGGCCGUAGCAGAAGUACCGGAACUGGGCCGGAAGUUCAUUGGGGUACGUGGAGGCGCAACCCUGGAGCUUCACGGGGCAGAGAGGCUGUCGUGGACCCUCCUGACCCGCAGCAUCCCCUCCUCAGGCCUAGCCACAGGGGGCUAUGCCUUUCAGCGCAACUUUAGCCGUGGCAUCAACCUGCGUGUGGUGGACCAGGACACGGCCGCCGUUCUGUUCACCGAGCGCUACGACACAUAUGAGUCACGGAACGACAGUCGGCGGCUCAUGCAGCUUCUCCAGUCGCUGCCUGCGGGGCGCAUCGUCACGCUGGCCGUGGGAGACUCUGCCACCAAGAACCUGCUGGACGAGACCAAGAGAACCAUCCAGAACCUGCUGGGUAGUACCUACGUCCAUGACCUCAAAUACAGGCAGGCCUGGGCACUGGUAUCUGUAAUUGGUGGAGGGAACGGCUCGUGUUCCGAGGACGUGCGGGAACAUGAGAACCAUGACACGGGAGGAAAGGCGCUGGCCCGGAAGAACUUCAGCACUGUGGACGGUGUCGGCUUCUCUGUCACCGCGUACAGCGAAUGGAGGAACGGUUUUCCCAUAUCUGGGUUCCAGGUGGAUGCUGUGGACCAGGUAGUCCUCAACCUUCAGGAUGAUGUACACACCUGGCAACCCGGGAACCAUAUUGUGGUUGCCAGUACUGACUAUUCCAUGCAUCAGGCAGAGGAGUUCACACUCCUUCCCUGCCCCCACUGCACCAGCAGACAGGUCAGAGUUCAAGGGAGGCCCCAGUUUGGUCACAUGGGGGAGAUUGUGGACGGGGUGGACAUGCGAGCGGAGGUGGCACUGCUCAGCAGAAACAUACUCAUCUAUGGGGAGAUGGAAAACACCUGCUAUGGAAACAACUGGUGCCAGUUCUUUAGCCACGACACUUACGGUGGACACAUCAAGAUAUUUGGGAACUUCACUUCGGUGCACCUGUCCCACGUGGAGCUGAGGAACAUGGGGCAGCAGGAGCAGGGCCGCUACCCGGUCCACUUCCACCGCUGUGGGGAUGUUGACUGGCGAGGGGGCUACCGGGAACCAGCAUACGUGGACGGCCUCUCCAUCCACCACUCCUUCUCCCGCUGCAUCACCAUCCACGCCACCAAUGGCCUGCUGGUGAAGGACACUGUAGGCUAUGACACCCUGGGUCACUGUUUCUUCCUGGAGGACGGGAUAGAGCAGAGGAACACGUUCUUCCACAACCUGGGUUUGGUGACCCGACCAGGAACGCUCCUGCCCACCGACCGCAACGAGACCAUGUGCACCAGCAUCCGAGACAAAGUGUAUAAGAACUAUACACCUUCGCCGAGCAUGGAGUGCAAGAUGCUGGGAUAUGGUAUGUGUUCCACAGCUCAUCCACAGGGGACUCUCAUGGGCUGGUUCCAGAGACCCGGGCAGAACUGACCCCUUUGGGGAUCUUCUACAACAACCGUGUGCACUCCAACUUUAAGGCUGGGCUCUUCAUUGAUAAAGGUGUGAAGACCACCAAUGCCAGUGCUGCAGACCCCCGGGAGUACCUGUGUCUGGACAACAACGCCAGGUUCCGUCCACAUGAGAAUGCAGACCCAAACCGUCCCAGGGUGGCUGCUCUCAUCGACACACUCAUCGCCUUUAAGAACAACGACCUCGGAGCCUGGAUACGAGGCGGUGACAUUACCAUUCAGAACUCUGGAUUUGCAGACAAUGGGGUGGGACUCUCCUUUGCGAGUGACGGUAGUUAUCCUAAGGACGAGGGUUCCAGUCAGGAAGUGACUCAGUCUCUGUUUGUGGGAGAGAGCCGGAACCGUGGCUUCAACGGAGGCCAGAACAAGUACUGGGGCCAGGGAGGAGCAGACGGCAAGAUGAGGACACUACCCAGGAACAGGACAUUCCCGAUCCGCGGCUUCCAGAUCUAUGACGGUCCUGUGCGGAUCACUCAGAGCACAUUCCGAAAUUACAUCCCGACGAAGGAGCGUUUCACCAGCGCGGUGGGCUUCAACCUAAAGAACACCUGGCAGCUCACACCACGCAACAACCUGUCCAAGCUUAGCUUCCAGCCCACUGUGGGUCUGAGGGCAUUCUUCGGGCGUCCGGGCCAGUGGUUCGACGAGAAUGAUCUGGACGGGGAUAAGAACUCCAUCUUCCAUGACGUGGAUGGCUCUGUGACGGGCUACAGGGACACGUAUGUAGGCAGAGCAGACAACUACCUGAUCCGUCACCCCGGCUGUGUCAACAUCACCCAGUGGAACGGGUUGGUCUGCAGUGGCACCUACUCUCAGGUGUAUAUCCAGACCCAGGGAGCUUCCAGCCUCAGUCUGUCCAUCAGUAGAGAUGACUACCCUGAGGCUCCUCUGGUGCUGAGGGGUAUUAACAGCCAGGGGGCCCUGUCCCAGCAGUACCAGCCUAUCCUCAUGAUGAGCAAGAGCUACACCCUGCAUUGGAACGGCCCGGCUCCCAGAGAGAUUGUCCUUUCCCUCAUUAACUUCAACCAAGGUGACUGGGCGCUGGUGGGUCUCUGCUACCCGUCCGACACCACCUUCCAGGUCAUGGCUGACAUCAACGAUCGCCAGAGUAACAUCUUCGAUGACAUCAGCGACUAUGGGCCUGUGUUCUCCCUCGCUGAACUGGAGAAGAGGCUGCUGGAGAGGAAGUAUUUCUUUGACCGCAGUGUGGGCUUGCUGUGGCUGUAUUUGCGGGCGAGGCAGGGGCGCGAUGGCCACAGUUACUGCUCGGUUAAGGGCUGCGAGAGAGUGAAGGUGAUGGCCAGCACGUCGUCCUCCAAACUGACCUGUAACUGCACGGCCAAGGCCUACCCCAAAUACACCAAGACACCCUCGGCAGUGGUCCCCAUGCCCACCCUCAGCACCCAACCAUGCAAGGACUGUGGGGCCUCUCAGCUGGUGUUUUCCAGUGACCCGUGGAACUCCUACCUCCAAACUCAGAUCAAAUCGCUCAGCAGCAAGGAGCAGCAGACUGGAGACACACAAUCCUUUAUCACUGUGAACAGUGAGACAUUCUCCUUCACACAGCCAGGCAUCUUCCUGGUCUCUGUUGAUGCCUGCUCUGGAAAAGUCACAAAUAAGAGAUCUUUCUCCAAAAUGGACUCCAAAAUGGAGGAGUAUCUUAAAACUGGAUUACCAAAGAGGUCAAUAGUACUUCUGGGAACGCGAGGGCAGCCCGAUGGCUUGGUCAGUGUUGCACGAUAUCUGGUCCCCCUGGGCAUGACUAAGGCAGCAGAUCUGCAGAGUAAAGAGAGCCUGGUGUUUUGGGGGUUCCAGGGUGGCUCUGCCCCCCCUCCGUGGGCCUCCAUCCUGGUUGGGCAGGGUGAGGAGGGGCUGGGGCUGCAGGAGCGCUACCUCCCCCUGGGCCUGGAGGCCUACGGCUGCACACAGACCAGCACACGCAGAGACCUGGAGCUACUGAGGACCGCCACAGGACCACAAUGACAAAUGUGAACACAAUUUAACCAAAACACAACCAACCAGCAAAUGAAUGUGAACUGCUGAACUUUUAUUUAUUAUUUUAUUGGCAAAGAUGUUUAAUAAUUUGGGGGGUAAUUUACUGUGUGUGUGUGUGUGUGUGUGUGUGUGUGUGUUUGCGUGGGUGUGAUGUGUGUGUGUGUUAAAUUUGACUGGGAAGUGGGAAUCAAUGGGGAUGGACCCAGAAUGGAACUAUAAGAGCAAAUUAACAAAGUAAGUAACCACAUCAAACUUGUGUGGUCUGUCACUUCUAUCCAGUUACCCCUGAUGGGUUUUUGGUUCAGGCCAGCAUUUGACCUGUCUGCUGCUCACCACGUCCAUAGACGAAACACAUCAUUUAGAAGAAGACUGAAUUAGCAAAUCAAAGGAAAAACUUCUGUCUGUUUCCUCCCUCCUUUUUUCUGCAGUUUUUGCGUGUCCCUGGGGGCAUUUUGUUCAGCGACUAGAUCUGUUAAGGGCAGCUGUAUCUUAAUGAAAACAUUUUGUAUUGGAUUCCGUUGAGAUUGUUGUAUUUCCAACAAACCUUUUUUCCCAGGAUGUGUCCUUUUUUGUUCCAUAUUUAUUUGAUCUCUACACAGUGACACUUUCCCCUAGGGCUGGCUACGCAUGCAGCAGAGAUGGUUUGUUUCUCGUUUUCUUCUCAUUAUCUUACCGUUGAAACUGCAUUUCCAACUAAUUUACCUUUUAGUGUGGUCAUGUAUGUUGUUUAUUAUGUAUAAAUGCCAAAAGUAUGUGUUACGGGGGGAAAUUUUACAAGGUAAAUAUUGCCUUGAAACGAACACAGACUAGUAGUCCAUACCAAAACCAUGGCUUACUGUACCUGUGGCCUCAGCAGGUGAUUUGAGCAGGGCUCCCCCACUGUGCCGGCGAUUAGUGACUUUCUGUAUGUGAUUGGGUGCAUUCAUUUUAGCUCGCCCGGUAAAGAUUUCACUUUAAGAUCUAAGAAAUGGUCAAACAUUUGCAAACUCCGCCUACCCGGUGCCCUGGACGAGCUAAAAUUAAUGCAACCAUUGUGAGAGAGCCUCUGAAGAGAAGGACCUGCUUUUGAACCACUGUUCUGCUGUAAAUAAGAUGUUUUUUGUUAUGCAAAUGCUUUUAAGAUGCACACUCCAAAUUGAGCACUUUGAAUAGGAAUGAGUAUUGAGGGAUGUUGAGAAGCUGUCUGUAUACUGUGAGAGUGCCUUUCAAUUUGCUAUGAGUUGUAUUUGAAAUGUUGAAUCACUAUACUCAUGAGAGUAUUUCUUUAAUCAAACCUUUAUAUUUGAAUUCUCACAUCCUCAGUGCUCUUCUGAAAUUGCAGAGAUGAUAACUUUGUGAUAAAGUGUCCUGUCA